UACAUGUCGAGUGAUAAGUGUAAUCUACUAUUCUUAAAAAUCUACAAAAAUGGGUCUUUCGUUAACAGACAGUUGAACUUUUGAUUUUUGACGCCAAGUCAGAGUUACACUGUCCUUCGGCUAACCAUGAGUCUAUUUCAUCAUCAAAUAGUCUUCUGUCUCGUGUUUGGGCUUAGUGUGAUAUUUACUAACGGUGCGUCGAUUAAUUUCGAUGUCGGGCUGGAAUCGCGCAUCGUUGGAGGGGCACAGGCUGAAGAAGGUGCAAUUCCCUACCAAGUGUCAUUGAGAUUGAAUGGCUGGCCCUUUUGUGGAGGGUCCAUAAUCACUGUCUUGCAUAUUGUCACUGCGGCGCAUUGUGUCCCGGGUAUAAAUAUCAGUCAACUGACAGUCAUUACGGGCACCAACAGUUUGGAAAGUGGUGGCGAGACCCAUGGUGUCGUUGAAGUAACAUCUCACGAGAGUUAUGUCGGUUCGUCAGACUAUUGGAAAUACGAUAUCGCAAUUUUGACGCUAGCUACGGAAUUGACGGUGACGUCUCUUCAAUCGCCGAUUCCUAUAGCUACGGUUGAUCCUCCCGAUGGUGCUGAGCUACUGGUCAGUGGAUGGGGCAGGUUAUUUUCUGAGAGCAAUGCUGUGCCCACAAAGCUUCAGUAUCUAUGGGUGGUGGCAAUCAAUAACACGGAAUGCAGGGAGACGCUCAGAGAAGAAGUGGACGACGUGCAUCUGUGUGCUUUGAGAGGUGUUGGAUCUGCGGUUUGCAGCGGUGACAGCGGUGGUCCUCUAGUGUAUAACGGUACGCUAGUCGGCGUCGUUUCCUGGGGUCGGUCGCCAUGUGCUUCCGGAGUUCCUGAUGCCUAUGUCAGGAUGUCUUUGAUGCUCGACUUUAUUGAAAGAGUAAUCGGAACCGCUGUUUCCAAGUAAUGGUGCGAACGGGCGAUCUCAGGGAAAUGAAUAACUGUUGUGAUUUGACAAUUUAACUUUACUAGUAUAAACUUGGUUCCAUCAAAUUCCUGCAGGUGGCAGGUUCUACUUUUAGCAAGUUCGUCCUAGUCGCUUCCGUUUGAUGUAUAGAGUUAGUCGGUUCUCCUUCGCAGUACUGAAUAAUAAAGUAAGAACUUGUUUUUAUUGAGUAAACAAUCGUAGUUUAUUUCGCAACACUCAUGCACUCGACUAAAUCGACAAUUACUUUUAUUGUUUUCAUUUUUGAAAGUCACCAUCUAAUCAAAUCUACGUCUCUAAAGGAUGAAUGUACGCGGUCAAUACUGAGAGUGAAUAUUUGCAACAGGAGAUUAUAAUACAAAAACGUAUGGAGUUUUCUGCAAUAAUUUGUUAAGGCAAAUAAGUAAUCUUAGCCAACUGUCUUUUCGAGCUUUUCAAUCAAUCAUCGAAGCCAGAACUGGAGAAUUUUGUUUAAAUUUUAUUUCGCAUUUGAAGUUACGAGUUCAAAAUUUAUGCUCAUCUCAUUUUUGAUUUGAAUUGAUAUCAUUUUUGCGCAAUACAACUUAUUUGCCGCACGUAGUCGAUGUUCGUGAUUAUGAGAAGCAGUUCUCUUUGUACUCGAGAAGUUUGUAAUUGUACAAAUUUAUAAAGUCGAUGACCUUACGAAAAUGGUUGUCUAAUCGUUAGUAAUUGACAAUUGGAUUCUUGAUUAUUCAUAAGGCUGACAAAAGCAUGGAGCAACAGUUUGUCAGUCAGUUUUUUCUCACUCAUCUUUUAUAACAAAACUCGAGAGUUAUGAAUAUCGAAUGACAUAAUUGAUGUGCUGUGUGAUGUAUUGUUCAGAGGUGUAUUAUAAACGCGUAAAGAGCGUGUUUCGCAGCGCUUACGUCUAAUUGUAAGCAGUAGACGCGUAUCAAGUAUACAGCCUUUCCAAAAUAUGCCCUAAAUCUUGUGCUUUCUUCUCAAAUACCGCAAAAUGGCUUUCUUGACACACAUACAUAUAAGUAUAAGGCCGCCAGCAAAUAAAGAGACGCCUACAAUGGUUGUAACAUA